AUGAAUAAAUACGUGUGGCACGUGGCGGCCCUGCUGAUUAUCUUCUGCUGGCUGCCAGCGUCUACUGCACGCACCGCCAGCUAUCAUCACAUAAAUAGCGUGGGAUUGGAUCAGCAGCAGCAGCAAGCAACACAUUCGACAUCCACACAGUCAGCCAGCUCGGGCGCCGGAUCAACGAGCGUGUGGAAGGAUCUGGCGGGCGUCUAUCGCAUAUAUCAGCAAUGCGCCGGCGAAAACUUGUCCGUCUGUCUCAAGGUGAAGCUGCUAACGGGGCUGGAGAAAGCAUUUCGCACGGCCAAAACGUUUCCACUCUUCGAGGGCAUUCAGUUUGUGAGUAGCGGAGAUGUGGCGCAAAAGCGCAGUCAACUGCCGCCCAUUUCCGAGCAGGAUAUUGAGGCGGUGCUGCCACGCGGGCUGGAUGCCAAGGAGCAGAUCCUCAACAACAUGAUCAUGAAGCGUGUCAGCAGCUUUCUGCAGAAUCACACGUUACAGAUCAAAUUCGCCGCGGACAACAAUUCGGUGGAAGGACGCAAGAAGAAGGAUAAAAAGGGUAACGGCGCCUAUAUAAUGAUUCCCUUGCUGCUCGGUGGCACCUUUGUGCCCAUUGCUUAUGGUGCACUGGCUAUGCUCGCCGGCAAGGCGCUGAUUGUGUCCAAGCUGGCUUUGGUGCUGGCCUCAAUUAUUGGCAUUAAGAAGCUGCUCAGUGGUGGUGGCGGUGGCAAGGAAUCCUCACAUGAGGUUGUCGUCUCCUCGGGAGCCCAUUCGGGCUGGGGACGUGACUUUGAUAUGGCCUACACCGGUUGGAAGCCAGCCAAGGAGUCGGCGGGCAGCGCCAAGAGCCUGUAA